GACCCUGGAGAGGCCGCGGCGGGGACCCCGCGCAGCCCCCCCCGCCUCACACCGUGUGCCCGGGCCUAGCUGCCAUGUCGGACGAACGGCGGCCGCGGGCAGCAGCCUCGGUGGCGGUGGAGGACAGGCUCCUGCUGCUGCAGAGCCAAGCACUGGAAGAGGAGGAGGCGGCCAAGAUGAAGGGAGAGAUGCUCAGCCGGUUCCUGAAGGACAAGCUGGCCAAGGAGGAGCGCAGCAGCACCCUGAACCUCCACAAGCUCAGCGCGCAGUGGCGGGCGGUGCUGCGGCAGACCAAGGACGAGGAGCUUCGCCGGGAUGUCGAGAUCCUCAGCCAGACCUUCGCCCGGGUGAUGGACGGCAAGGACAGUGUCAUCGAGUCCCUGGUCACAGACCUGGAGGAGGCGGAAGAGCAGCACGCCCGGGCUCUGCGCAGCCACCUGCACAACGUCGACCGGCUGCUGCAGCUCCAGCGCUGCCGCCUGACAUGCCUGGAGGAGGGGUACAACGCCCAGCUUCAGGCCCUGCAGACAGAGUUUGAGGCCGAGAGGAGGACCAUCCUUGAGCAGCACGAGCGUGAAAGCUGCUACCUGCAGGCCGUGACGCUGGCCACCGAGCAGAAUUACGCCAAGAACAACCACGAGGCCACGCUGAAUUUCGAGAGCACCCGGGACGACAUCAAAAACAAGAGCUUGCAGGAGAAGCAGUACAGCCGCAUGCAGUUGGACGGGAAGGUGGAAGUGCUCUGGGAGCAGUUCCAGCGCGCCAUGCAGAGCUACGCGGAGGCCACCAAGCACCAGAAGAUCGCUUUCGAGGCGCUGAAGCAGAAGGACGAGAAGAGCUCCAGGGAGAUCGAGAUGCAGGCGAAGAAGCUGCAAAAGCUCCAGGACUUGGUCGCAGCCACCAAGGGCCGGAUCACGGCUCACCUCCGGGAGAGCGAGGAGCGGAACCGGCACAUGCGGGAGGAGAAGGAAAAGGUCCUUGGGCAGCUCCAGGAGCUCAAGAGCAAGAUGAACCAGGCCAGGAUUAAGGCCCACGGCAGCCUGGCCCAGCUCACCAUGCAGACCAGCGCUGCCCUGAGGGUGCUGGUGCGGGUGGUGGAGAAGGCCCAGCGCAUCUUGCGACUGGCUGAGAUGUGCCGCAGGCUGGAGACGGAGGAGGAAAAAGUGCUGCCCUUCUACCUUUCCUCGCUUGCGGAGGGCGAGCAGCGAGACGCCCGGCAAGUCCUCGAGGAGACGCCCGCGGAGCCCCUGGCCCGGGCCAUGCGGGACUACGUGGGGCUGGAGCGGUUCUGGCAGCGGUUCAACAAGGCGAAGCUGGAGGAGCAGGCGCUGGAGCGGGAGCGGGCAGCCCUGAGCCAGAGGAACCGGCGCCUGCGGGAGCUGCUCAGGCAGUACCUGGCGGGGAUCUCCGUCAACUCGGAGGUGCUCAGCGAGCCCAACCCGCUCCUCGCCGUCGAGCGCAAAAGCUGCGUCCCCAGGGACUGGCCCCGUGCCCGCGGGGGACAUGCAUAAGGUGUUCAGGGUGCUGCACUCCCCCUCCGACACCCUUUUGGGAGGGGACACCCGCUGAGAACCCCCCCUGUGCUUUUUCUUGUUUCUUCCCAGUGGCCCCCCCAAGCAGACCAGGGCCCCUCAUGCCGCAGUGCUCCCUCUGCAUUAACGACGUCUCGUGCUACUUCUUGCUGCCCGGCAGUGCCAUAAGAGCUAAACUGCACCCAAAA